GCCAGCCUGAAAAAGAACUAGGCUUUGGAGACGGGCUCGCUCCGGCAAAGAGGAUCCACGGAUCCAGCAGGACCUCAGUUGCUUGCGAUGGUCGACUGAGCGCAUACUCCCUUCAUCGGCCCCAGCGUGAAAAAGUCACAUUCAGGGGUCGACCUUGUGAACGCGUGACCUCCAGACCCUUGGCUACUGUCUCCCUGGCUGGGCGCGCUCGACGAGCAACACGCGGACCCGUCAGCGCAAAAAGCUCGAGGAACGGUAGCGACAACGCUCGACGAUAGCGUUGGGCGUGCCACACAAGUCCUGACUUGGGCCAGUACGCUGGUGUCACGACCCCGCGGCAAGCCAUGGAUCUGUCAUGGUGUCCCGUAUGCGACCGGCAGAUCGAUCCUGUGCCAGACGACGAAGCUGCACACGCCCAUGCCAGCGAGCUGUCCGGCGAAGGACACACAAACGCGCCGGAGGCACAACCUCAUCAACCUCAUCCACUCGCCAGAGCUACGAAUGGCACCAUCAAAGCCAAGCCAGGCGCUUCUACAGCGAUCAGACGCAACGGUAGCGCGGGCAAACUGCAUAAUGCGCGUCCGCAUAAGCUCGUUUCCUUGCCCCCGCCCAUACCGCUCUCGCCAAGUACUACCGCGCUCAAGAAGGCAGACAAAGGUAAAUCACCAGCAUCAGAACAGCCCAAGCUCGGUCUGCAAUCCUGGGUUGGCUUGUAUUGUUCCGACGACUGUCGACGGGUGGACGAGCUCAGAUCGCGCCUCGCUUUUGCCGACCUGGAAGCACACCCCUACGAUCCCGAACUGAACGGAUUGCCCGAUCAGCCGCACUCCUCGGGCGGUGCGUCAUCGCGUCGGUACUCGUCAGAUAGACCGAGCGGACCGAAACCGAUCAGGCCUACCUUUCUGGCCCAAAGAAGCAGCGGUAGCGCUGGAAGUGACAUACCCUGCUACCAGAGCACAGAAUCGCUUCUCUCACUCGACUCGCCCACUUUCGGACCUUCUGCCUACUCCCAUCCUGUGCCUCAACGGGCGCAGGGAGCACUGGGCUCAGGCCUGCGAGCGAUGACGCCCAUUCACAUGGGCUCAUCACCGUCUAAAAGCCAUCUGUCGAGCGAGCCCAUGCCUAGCACGCGUACGAGAAGCGAGGAAUCCGCCAGCAGACCUCGCUCUCUUGCGCGUUCCUCGACUGGUUUCGCGCUGACAAAGGCACCUCCGACGCUGUCAGGCACAGUCACGGAGCCUGCAAUGGCAUCAUUAGAUCCCACUGCUGCUGCCGUACUGCCGCGCGCCUCUUCUUUCGCACAGUUGCCGCUCAAGCAUUCGCAUAGACAUCAGCUGUCGAAUAGCUCCAUGCCGCAUCUCUCUUGCUCGCCUAGCUCUGCAAGCUCGACGCUGUCAACCGCGUCCAAUUAUUCGACUGGUCAGUCUACAGGCCCAUCUGCCACACUCAGACGACCCAGCGCUGGCUCGAGCGAUCAUCUCUCGCGAGGAUCAGACAAGGAGCGCGGCCCCACCGCGUUGCAUUCUGAUUAUGCGCUGUACUAUCACCCCAAAAGGAUACCCUCAUCCCCUUCGAUCGCGCCUUCGUACAGCAUACCCAAUAGACCUGCUCCUCCCGACGCCCGGCUUCUGUCUGCAUCUGCCGGUACAAUAAGUCACAUCAUCAAUGCCAAGUUACCGAGGAACUCGCUAGCCAUGACGUCUGGGCAUUCGCGCGGACCGAGCCCCAACGGCCGCGACAGAACACCCACAGGAAGUCUGAGCGCUCUACCGGGCUUGCCUCGCGCAUACUCUGCCGCUUCGAUACGUCAACAUAGUCCCCGCCCGCCGCCUGCUCGCUUCUCAACGUCCUAUUCGAAUGGCUCGCGUCUCGGAGCAAGAGCUGCUUCGCCUGCCCACCUUUCGAGCUCCUACAACCGUCCCGGCGUCACGCGGGGAAGCUCCCACCGUUCAGAUACUUCUUCCGAAGACGAUAGCAGCUCCAGCUCCGAUGACGCCGAGCAAGAGCACUAUGCUCGAUCGCCUGGCUAUUUCCAGCAAGGCGAGUACGAGCAGCAACAGCGAGAAGCUCCGAAGGGCUGGAAUUGGGAUCGCGUGCCCGGCAAGCUUGCGCAAUACCAAGCUAUGGACCUCGAUAAGAUUCGAAAGACCCAGAGCGGUAGCGAUCUGCCGCUGCGAAAGCAUGGCUACAAGGCAGACGCUCAGCCGGUGGAUCGAUCGCGGGUCUCUUCACCUGCUCUUGCGACGGGCAGCAAGAAGCGACUCUUUUACUUUUCGACCGAUGGAAGCUAAGCUGUAAAAAAACUCAUCUGUACGUCUCAAGGAAACACUGGAAAUGCGCAUCUCACAAAGGACGCAGGUUCUGCAAUUCACUCGCAUGCAAGCUGUAGCUAAUGUAUAGACCUGUAAUCUCAU